GUUGAUCAACUAACAGGAAAAAUUUCACAAGUAAAAGAGAUAAGCACAUUAACAAGCCAAAACAAAGAAUGGUCUAUAAAAUUGCCAAAAACAGACCUACAAAUAUUCAGAAAACUAGUAAUAACAAACUUGUCCCAUCCGCAACUAGAAAUGCUGCAAUUAAUAAAAAGUUUCCAAAUAAAUGAAUUUAAUCCCUACAAAAUUGCAACAAAAUCGAAGGGGGAAGGUCCUAGCGGAAAAAGAUAUUCCUUGGAUGCCGGAAUCCUCCAAACAUUAUGGCCAGUCCUAGAUAUAUGGAUGAUAUUAACCAGAGUCGUUGUACUCUCGGUUUUGGUAACCUGGUUCCUUAAGCUUUAUAAUUGGUAUGUCAGUAUCAGAAUGAAGCGCACGAUUAAGCAUGAAUUGAAUAAAGAUAUUUUAAAUCGAAACUACAAACAGAUAGUGGAACCACCACUCAACCAAGAAGCAAACUCAGAAAAACAACGUACCAUGAAGAAUUGCCGAAGCUCAAAUUUCGUCGGCAUCAGAUGUAAAAGACGUACGUUAAAAAGAAAGUAUCGAAACUGUCACGUUUCGAGAUUUUCGAAGGGGAGUGUCGCGAGCACACAUUGA